AUGGAGGUAGCUCAGCACUUCAUCAAGGCAGAGAACCUCACCGACGCCAAAAUCGCCGGCGAAGGUCUCGAAUGCCUUGUUUACAAAGCAGCAUCGCCAGUAUAUGGCCCAAUCGUUCUCAGAGUACCCAGAGUCAAGGUCUACCAGAACGCCAAUGAUCCCAACACCAACGCAAGUGAUCUCAUCCAGCAAGAGAUGAAGAUCUAUAGGCUUCUGGAAAACGCAUCCGUGCCUGUUCCAAAAGCAUACAAGUACCUUGAAGAAGAUGGCUAUCCAGCGAUGUUGUGCGAGUACGUAGAGGACGAUGGAACAGAGAUCACAUUCGAGGAGAUGGGACGUGUAGCGGCCAUGAUACACUCGACGCCCCUAUCUAGCCCAGUAAUGGAGACAGUUUCGUCAGAAACAGAAGAUGUGUUCUCGACAAUUGAGCAAAGACUCAAACGACGCAUCUCAGUGCUGUCACAAACAGUCCCCGAGGUUUCCAGCUGGAUAACGAACUGGGACCUUAUUCACAAUAUCCUCGAAAGUCUCAAGCGCUACCCUUCAAGUCUACUACACAUGGACUUUCGCGAUGUCAAUCUUCGUCACAAUAAUGGACGAAUAAGCGCCGUGAUCGAUUGGACCAAUGCUCUGAUCGGCCCAGCAGCCAUCGACAUCUUUCGCACGCUCGAGUUCAGCCAACUCGACGAGAGCUUCGUCAAAGGUUACACUAGCGUCACUACCUGGCCUGAUGUUACAGCCCAGGAAGAUUGUUUGCUAAGACUUGAUGCUGCGCUUGUGCUGGCGCUGGUGUUCACCUCGGAAGCGCCUGAUGCUGAGAGAGCUGAAGUUGCAGUCGCAAGGGUGAGGGAACUCUCAAAGAGCCUCGUGGAAGCUUCGUCGCACGAAUAA